GAUACAACAUCAACAAUCCUAGUUCUAGUUUGACGGACGCACUGUCUAAAAAUUGAAAGUAGAAAUAAUUAAUAACUCUAUGUGCAAACGUGUGCAAUCAUUGCAGCAUACACGCAUCUCGAUACGAGAUUGUGGGAGUGAAUCCAAAUAAUAAAGUUAAUCACAUAUUGGCCGACUUAGAGCCAGAAAGUGUGUCGUCAGAACAAAAGAGAAAUUUUUGUGCGUGUCACUGUCCGUCAUCCUCAAACCUCUUGAGGGCACAACGCGCUGCGAUCAGUAACGAAUCGAACGGUAAACGUUGUCAAAGUCCCCCGCCUACCCCCUACCACCUGCUUAACAAAAAUGCAAUAGACUUUGCCCACAUUACAAAAUUUUUCAUGAAUAUCUCUAACUACGACGGCAGGUGAAAGUCACAGUUUUAAGCAGAGGAACAACUACGCAACAAACAAAAACACAUAAUAUAGCUAACGAAUUGUAGCAAAUACGCAACUUGGUUAAAAGAGACAUGCCGGAAGAGGAGCCAUCGCAAAAACCAAUGGAUGAACAAGAAGAUCAACAACAACAACAACCAGAAGAAGAACAACAACAGUCGCAGUUGCAGUCGAAUGCUAACGAUGUGACCGUGGAACAGUCUUCUGAAGAAUCACAGCAGCAGCUGCAAACGCAGACAAUGCCAACAGAUCACAUCGCAACGGAGCUAUCGGCUGAAGAGAUUCGCGCCCGUCGUCUGCGCACCUUGGCGGCCAGAAACAGUGUCCUUAACCCAGUUUCCGCCCCUUUGACCGCCGAGAAACCACAACGGGAACGUGUUCAAAGUACAUCACCAAAUGAAUCGCGUUUGGUGCGCAACGUUUUGGCCAGUUCGAGUGGCGUGGAAGCUAGCAAUUUAGGCGAUAAAGCGGCGAUGACAUGGUCGGAUCUUACCAGUAAACCUGACAGCGAUGUCGAUAUGAAAUCAGUGGCAUCAACUCCUGUACAAGACGUGGAAAUGCUGCCCGCACACACCAUGUGUCUGCCCACAGUCUUGCCGAUCAAUGUAGAGCCAAAAAUACAACAAAUGGUCAGCAAGACAUCAUCCACAGUCAGGAAUCUGGAUGAGCGUCAUGAGCAGAUGUUGUCACGUCUGUUGAAUGCCACUUGGAAUGAGUUUGGCAGUGGUUCCAUUAUUUGUGCACAGACUGCCAGCUUUCUGGAGCAGUAUCCAGCUUUACGAUUUGACUUUGAGCCAAUUAUAACGAAUGUGCUGCUCGAGACCGCUUUUAAGUUCUACAACGACGAGGUGGAGGACAGCUUCAAGGUGGAAAAUGAGCCAACCCUGCCCGGUUUGGGGGACACCAAUGGCGCCGACGACAAGGAAUUCUCCUCAGCCAAAAAGAUCAAAAGCGAUGACACUGAGGUUCAGGAAAUCUUGGCCAAUGCGGUGGCUGUCAGUGGCAACACCGAAGAGGAUCAACGUGCCAGCGCCAGUGCCACGCCCAGCCAAAGCGAAAUAACGCCCAGCGACGCAUGUGUUGCCUGUGCGGUGCCCUCUCUAUUCAAUAUUGUAACCACAUCCAAGCACAAUGUGAUGCUUCAUUUGCUCCGUUGCUAUCAAAACUAUCACACCGAGUGGGAGCGAGUCAAGGGCAAUGAUCAGGCACAGACUGCCAGCACUCAGCAGGUCUUAACACUGGCUUUUAAGAGCAUCAUGCGUGUGGCGGUUCUUGUGCUCACCGAUAAAAUCCAUCAGAAUCUGAACUUUCCGCUGGACCAAUCGACUUUAUUGGAACUCAUGUAUAUGGAUCGUGUUAGCGAGCCAUUCCUCAUCGAUCUGGUAGCCGAAACGCAUCAGCAGCGUGAGAUUUUUGAUAAUAUAUUUGGUCAGGUGCUGCGUGGUUUAUUCAGUGGCAUGCAACGUAACAUUUGCAGCUCCAAGAUAAACACACAACAGAUUGAAUGGCUGUCCAAAUUGGUUGUCAUCAAGGUGGGCAAUGCGCGUCCCAUUGCGGAUUUGGUUUCACGUCAACCCAACUAUAUACCGCAUAUGUGCACAAAGAUUCCCGGACGUGAGAUUGUCAAAUGCAGCUUCCUGGGUCCCUUUUUAUCCGUCUCCCUUUUCGCCGAAGAGAAUGUCAAGUUUGCCGAGUUUAGCACCAAGAAUAAGCUGGAGGAUGCCGCCACAUCGCGUCUACGUUGGGAACUACACUCGAUGAGAACUCACAUGCACACGGUUUUCCAUUCGCUGUGUGUCAAUGCGAGCAGUCGUCCCAAGACUUUGGAUUAUGUGGCCAAAAUCCUGCGUCAUAACGAUCGUCGUGUUCAGUUUGCCAGCGAUGAGAAGCUGCUUGCCCGCGAUGGCUUUGUCAUUAAUCUGAUGAGCGUGCUCCAACAACUCUCUGUCAAAAUCAAACUUGAUCGCAUUGAACCCAAUUUCCAUUAUUACAACAAUUCCCUGGUCAACAUUGAACAAGACACAAAGAUUCGGUUUAACGAGGAGGAAUAUAAGAGCUUUUUGGCCCGAGAUUUUGCUGCUCCUGUGCAGAAUGUGAACUUCCAAACACAAUGCUGGUUCCUCACCCUUCAGGCCCAUCAUCUGGGCUAUCUGCCGGCCAUUCAGCGAUAUCGGCAAAAGGUACGCGCCAUCAAGGAGCUGCAGAAGCUCAUUGAUGAACUGGAUCGCACUAAGCCACAUUGGGUCAACUCGCGCUAUGCCAAUCGCAACAACCAGUUCAAGGAGCGCUGGGAGAAGCAGUUACGCAAACUGAAUCGCUCAAAGACAUGCAGCGAGAUAACGCUACUUGAUCCGGCGCUGUUGCAACGCUGCACCGAAUUCUAUUCAACCGUGUGCGAGUUUAUGCUCUAUCAAUUCGAGGGUCGUCCAAUUGAGGGACCUUACAUCUCGAAGCUGCCAGUGCAGCAGCUAAAACCGACUGAUGCAUUUUCUGCACUGCCCGAAUGGUAUAUCGAUGAUAUUGCCGAGUUUAUAUUGUUUGCCAUGCAGCAUGCCAAUGUGGACAUUCGACAGGGCAUCGAUCAUUCAAUCAUCACAUGGCUAUUGACCUGCGUCUGUGCCUCGCAUCUCAUCAAGAAUCCAUAUGUGACUGCCAAGCUCGUUGAGGUCAUGUUUGUGUUCUCCUUGAAGCCAGCUAAUUCGGUAAAUACAGCGAUGUGGAACCAUGAGCUGGCACAGAACGCACUCGUCAGCGCAUUGAUGCGAUUCUAUGUGGACGUGGAGACCACUGGCCAAAGCACUGAGUUUUAUGAUAAGUUUACCAUAAGAUACCAUAUUAGCCAUCUGUUUAAAUCCAUGUGGGAGAAUCCCAUACAUCGUCAGGCUGUCAUCUGUGAGUCGCGGCAAGGGAAUCAAUUUGUCAAGUUUGUCAAUAUGCUGAUGAACGAUACAACAUUUUUGCUCGACGAAUGCCUCGAGAAUCUCAAGCGGAUUCAUUUAACACAACAAUUGAUGUCCGAUAUACAAAACUGGAGCGGCAUGAGUGCCGAACAGCAACAGAGUCGCCUCACACAAUUGGCGACGGAUGAGCGGCAGUGCCGUUCCUAUUUAACGCUUGCACGCGAAACCGUUGAUCUAUUUCAUUAUCUCACUAGCGACAUUAAGGAGCCCUUUAUGCGCGCCGAGCUCGUGGAUCGUCUCAGUUCGAUGCUGAAUUUUAAUCUUAAACAAUUAGCUGGUCCCAAGUGCAACGAUCUGAAAGUGAAGAACCCAACUAAAUAUGGUUGGGAGCCGCGCAGCUUGUUGGCCCAAAUCUUUGAUAUAUAUCUCCAUUUGGACUGUGAUAGAUUCGCCCAGGCAUUGGCUGCCGAUGAGCGUUCCUUUGAUCUGCAAAUCUGCAAUGAAGCCGCGUCGCGUAUCAAACGAUUGGCGCUACGUUCUGGCGUCGAGGUGGAACGCUUCAAGGCGCUCACACAACGUGCUCAUGAGAUUUACGUUUCCAAUCAACAGACUGAGGAUGAAUGCGCUGAUGCGCCCGAUGAGUUCAAGGAUCCACUAAUGGAUACAUUAAUGUCCGAUCCCGUUGUUCUGCCCUCGGGCACGGUUAUGGAUCGUGCUAUAAUCACACGCCAUCUGCUGAACAGCUGCACGGAUCCGUUCAAUCGGCAGCAUCUCACCGAGGACAUGUUGGUGACCAACAUGGAGUUGAAGCAGCGCAUCGAUGCCUGGCGCAAGGAGCAGCGUGGCAAGCGGCAGAAUAAUAAUAGCUAAGGGCAGGAGUAGGGAGGAUUGAUCCUAUAUAAAUGAGAAAAACAAAACCAUACAUACAUAGUUUAAUGUGCAGUUUUAGUGUCUACCGAUAUCUCUUAUACAAAUAUAUAUAUAUAUAUGAAUAUGUACACUUGUCUAUAUAUAUAUAUAUAUAUAACAAUUAUAAAUAUGCAACACUAGAGUUUAGUUUUUUUUGGUUUCCUGCUCUGCAAUUUGAAACAUUGUAAUGCAAUAAUUUAUACUAUUAAAGAAUAUGUUGCAAAUUAUAAUCGCAAAUUCAAAUGUUCAAUUAUUUGUAAUAAAUAUGCACUCAUAUAUUAUAUAUACAUGUAUAUUUGUAAUUUCCUGGUUUAAUUGGCGUCAUUCUGUCCGGCUACAAAUAUUUGGAAUUAAAUUGCAAUCAAUUGGAAUUUACAAUAAAGUUUAAUAAAGCGUA